AAAGCGCACGAUACACUCACCCUUCGCAUCCACAGUCGGCAUACGUAUGAGGAACAUUUGAUAUACCGGACCAAUCUUUCAUGUUCUGUGGUUUACUACUCUGAAAACAAUACGGUCUUUUUGUCUCAAACAAUUCCAAGACAUACUCGAGGUCUUAGUCCACGCACCAUCUCGCCGUCUUCACCUUGUUGUCCUCACUCUUCGCAUGCUGCAGACUCCUGCAUACAACAACCCCAAAGCAUUGCUUGCUUGAAACAAUACAAAUAUACCCUCGUGGCCUCUAGCUCGAGAUUGAAUGAAGCAACAAUGACAUCGCAACCAGUACAUCCGCUCAGGAUUCAAAAGAGCACACCAAACACAUCUCCUGUCAAGAUGGGGAGCUCAAUUCCUCGCGCUUUAACUGAAUUGGCACCUACUGAGAGGAGGCAAAACUCCCCAAGCUACAACCAAGGCUCUCCAAAAAAAAUGGCUAUCAAUAUGGAUUCGUCUCCAUUCCAAUCUUCCCCCUUCAAUACGUCAGAGGGGAACUCGUCGCCACGACUAUUCUGGCAAGGUCGUGACCCAGCGACUCCCAGUAAUCGAUUCAACUCGGAGAAUGGCAUAUUUGGAAAGAGGGAAAUGUCGCCAUCGCCAACGAGGCGAUCGUCGAUUGAGAGACUCCAACGUGCCUCGCGAGUCAAGAACAGCAACAUGUUUGCUCGUGAGCAGAAGCAAGAAUAUGACCCAACAUCAAUUCCAAACAUUGAGCGACCACUUGCGAAGCAAAUCCAAGGAAACGCAUAUGGCGGCCAGGGAUUAGAUGGAUUGCGCUCUGAGGAGCGAGGACGUGCAUUCGGACAUGGCCGAGCCCCAAGCAAAGACAUUGUCUCGCCAUACUCGCCGACGAAGCUUCCACUUACAUCAACUGUGGUACGAGAAUCGCCGACAAAAGAGCAAACUUCACCAAUGAAGUCAUCGCUUGCGACUACCCGCUUUGGCUCAAAAUUGCCAUAUGAUGAAGACAAAAUCAGCUCGCCAGAAUACUCAGGCGGCGAACACGAGCUUCCAGAAGGCCGCAGCCUACACCGUCAUGCGAAGAGCGUUACCUUUGAUGCAGCACCUCAAAUUAACGAGUACGAAAUGGUAACUCCGGAUCUAUCCUCUGUCGGAACCAAUUCCAGAGAGAACAGCUACGACUCAGCCGAGGAUGACGACGAAGAGAGUUACAAUAGAUCUGGCUCGUUGGAGCUAGAUGACAGCUUCGACGCAUCACUCGAAGAUACGGAUAAAACUCCAGUUGUCGGACCGGAUGACUGGCGCUUUUCCAACAACGGAGGCAGCUCGGACCCAUUUGGUGCCCAGCUGGAACCUUCGAGCCCUCUCACUGGGUCUGAAAUAUCAUCCCCUACAGUGACCAGGAAUAUUAGCGCAGAUCAUCGCCCACUACCACCACUUCCAGGUACCUCAGAGAAGAGGAAUUCGGGACUCUUUGCGGCGGCUGAACGAGCUAGCAAUGUCACAAGAGGCACUGCGGUUCCGGCAGCUUCCUUCAGCAAGACCGAUAUCCAAGGUUUAACCGGAGGGCGCAUGCCGCUUGAAGAACGUCUUCGUCUGAUGAUGAUCCAGGAUGACGACAAAGCUAAGCCAGUGGCAGAGACUCAACGAGAGCGUCGAAUGAGACGUGGCGGUGCGCGUGACCGAUGCAGCGCAACGCCAGAAGUGGAUGAUGGCGAAAUCAAAAUUCACGAAGAUGAAGAUACUCUUGCGGAUCUAGGCGAAUAUCAGCUCCCAGAGCGAGUCUCCAGGGAGUCUAUUCUGCGCAAGGUCAACGGCCACGAUGCGUUUACACUGGACUCAGAGUACAACUUUUCCUCUCCACCGCCAAGUUCUCGACAGGAGCGCACAACUGUACCAGACCCUGAUGUGGCUAUUCCAUCCACCGAGGAUGUCACGAUCGCCGAUGAUGACAGCAGCGUGAUUAUUAAGCCUGAAGAAGAAGAUUCGGAGAUUGAUGUCUACGACAUUCCCGAGAUGUAUCAGGGACGCCCCGAAUCUCGAGUAGAAGACUAUGACAUUAACAAUUCUGUCGUCCGCGAUGACUCUGUCGUUCGCGAGGGUGAAGAUCUGGAGAGCCAAUAUUCAGACGAGACUCCACAAAACAAAAGCCCGGAGCUUGAGUCCAACAACGUGCCGGAAGAUGAGGGACCACCAACCCCCCGCUUAACCGCGCCAACAUCAGACAUCCCUUCAGUUGACACUGAAAACAUGGAGGACCAAGCCUCUUUGCCAGCGCUGCCUGGGUUCUUGGACACCAACAAUUUCGGGCUGAGUCUUCAAUCAUACAUAACACCUACUCCCCCACCUCCCCCGCCAAAGGAUGAAACGAGCAUCACAUCGGACGCUGUCAUUGAGCCUCUUGACGUUGAACGUACCUCUACACCACCAGGUACCCCCGCAAAAUAUGCUCUUCCCAAGCCCGAUUAUGACGGCGCUGGCUGGGGUUCAGAGAGUGAGGAAGAAGUUGGCACUCCUGAAUCAGUUGUGCAUCAUGCGGUGUCUUAUGAGGAAUCUCCUCCCGCAGAGUCGCCAGUUGUCCCAGAGCAAACCGCAACUAUCAAAUCAUCAUCUGGUUCAAAGCUCAAGACCCGACCUUCCGCUACUCCGUCAGAUAUUAUGGCCAUGAGGGAAGCUAGGCGCCAAAUCAGCACCGAGUACCCAAUCCCACCCAUCCCACAGCGACACCGCAACCGCCCUUCUCAGAGCAUGGAGCGCGAUUUAGAAGAUCCGGAAGCUGUCUCUGAGAACGAGGGAAUGAAGCGAAUCCCAAGCCUCAAACGGGAUGGCCUUACGCUGGACAUCGGAAGCGAUCUUGGCCUUAGUCUCGACCAGGACUUCGAUCGACUGAUUGAAGCUCAAAAGCGCGGAUACCUUAUGCGUCAAAACACGAAGGUUGUAGUUGCGAGCAGUGGUACUGACGUUGAAGCUCAAAAUUUCCGUGACACUCGGUCUGCAGGCAAUUCUCCCGUAAAACAACCCCGCCCACAAUCAUGGACGGUGGAGCCUUGGAAUGGCUCGCCGAGGAAGAGAAGCACGAGAGACAGCACUGGUGGCAGGAAAAGGAUGCCAUCAGGACCAGCACCUCCUUUACCUGGGCAACAGAGCAAUGUCGCUGGCACUGGUUUGGGAAUGGUUGCAGAAGAUGCUCAGGUCGAUAUCAACGAGCCCGACAAUGGCGAGAGAGGCCGACUGUUCGUCAAGGUUAUCGGUGUUAAGGAUCUCGGCCUUCCAUUGCCAAAAAAUGAGCGCACCUGGUUUGCCCUCACUUUGGACAAUGGGGUUCACUGUGUCACGACAGCAUGGCUUGAACUUGGAAAGAAUGCCCCUAUCGGCCAAGAGUUUGAACUAGUCGUCCCCAACGAACUCGAAUUCCAACUCACCCUGAAUGCUAAGCUUCAAAAGCCGCCGCCACAGCGCGUUGUUGAAUCGCCAACAAAAGCGAAGGCCCCAAAGCCAUCUACAUUCUCCCGCGUUUUUACUUCGCCGAAGAAGCGCAAGGAGCUUGAGAUGAGGCAAAAGGAAGAACAGCAACGUGCUGCGGAUAAGCAACAGAGCGAGAUGGCUGCUAAGCGCAUGUCUCAGCAACCUACCGCGUGGGAUCUACUCUCCCCUCUUGCCGCAGAUGAUGGAAGCUUCGGUCGAUCAUACGUCUGCUUGAAGGAUCAUGAGCAACACUGCUUUGGAAGGCCAUACGUCGUUGAUGUUAACUGCUUCAACGAGUGGGCGACCGAGGAAGUUGGUGGCAUGAGCAGCGUCAAGAGCAAGACGGGAGCUACUCAAACCCGCCGCCGGGCACCUUACAAGGUUGGAAAGCUUGAGCUGCAGCUUCUAUUUGUCCCGAAGCCCAAGGGUGCUAGCGACGAUGAUAUCCCCAAGAGCAUGAACUCCUGCAUUCGCGCAAUGAAGGAGGCUGAGGAAGCAGUGGCUAGAUGCCACAGUGGCUACUUGAGCCAACAGGGUGGAGACUGUCCUUACUGGCGUCGUCGCAUGUUCAAGCUCAAUGGUAGCAAGUUGACGGCUUACCACGAAUCGACUGGCCAACCUCGUGCAACGAUCAACCUCGCCAAUGCGUCUAAGCUUAUCGAUGACCGCAGGGCAUUGACGCAGAAGGAAACCACAGGCAGAGGAGGUAGCCGCCGCAAGUCCGGCUUCGCCGAAGAGGAGGAGGGUUACAUGUUCGUUGAGGAGGGCUUCCGCAUCCGCUUCGGUAACGGCGAGGUCAUUGACUUCUACGCCGACACCGCCAAAGACAAGGAAGGGUGGAUGAAGGUCCUCGAUCAAUGCAUUGGCACGAGCAGCGAGGCCAAAAAUGGCGUCAGCUGGUGCGACAUGGUGCUCAAGAGAGAGGACAGCCUGAAGCGCAAGGAGAUCCGCAAAGCUUCUGGGGAGAAGCCACCGCGCUUUCACGCGAGGACGAAGAGCAUGAUCAUCUAAGGUAAGUUGCGCAUGAAGAGAGAUGCGGCAACGCGAACGACUUAUGAUGAAUCGGAAAUGAUACGAUGACUGGGUUUACUUUCGUUUCUUUCCCACGGGAUUUAAUUCCUCAUUCAAAAAAUAGGCCGGCCUGUCGGAUGACGUGGUUGAUAAAGUAGGGUUGUAUGGGAUUUGUACUGGUUUGAUGGUUUGUUUGGGUAUUUGCGUUUAUGGGGGUCUCUCGGCGAAUGCAUUGCUAUUGGGUCAUUUUCAUUGUCGAGUUGACCAUUAGACACCGUUUUAGCGGCCACUUGAGCAUAGUAAUAUUACAAAAUUCAAAUA